AUGGCGGACACUUUUGGGCGACCUGUGACGCCGCCUCCGCGGACUAUACAGUCGAAUCUACAGUCAACACCAGAGAAUGUUAGGCAGAUUGAGAUCAACCGGUUGAAAGCCAAGGCCGCACAACGUCAAAGGGAAUCCGAAGCAGCCGCUUCGUCCGUACCCAAUGCAAACCGCAAACGGCCCCUGGGUAUCACUACUUCACCCACAGCUCCUACACCCUCAUCAUCAAGGCCCCUUAAACCGGACUCUCGCUUCGGAAAGUACUUCGAAUAUGACCUCUCCAAGAUGGUUAACUCGAAGGGUGGUUUUUUGGUUGAGGACGGUGAGGAGGUUGACCAGGAUACAAGAAGAAAGGAGAUGGAGAGGGAGAAACAAAGAGCCGUCCAAAACCUGGAACCUCGUACGCUGCCCUGCACAGCCAUAUUUCUUGACCCUUCCUUAAACCCCAAAUGUCAGGAAUGUCACACUAUUGACAUAGAUCAGGCUCUAAAAAAGGUCUUUGGUUGCUUGGUUUGCAAGAAAUGUCAGAAUGAAAGGCCGGAGAGAUACAGUCUAUUAACGAAGACGGAGUGUAAACAGGACUACCUUCUCACAGAUCCCGAGCUCCGUGAUCAUGAGCUAUUACCCCAUCUCCUGAAAGCUAAUCCUCACAAAUCCACCUACGCAAACAUGAUGCUCUUUCUCCGAUAUCAAGUGGAGGAGUUUGCGUGGAAGAAAUGGGGCUCUCCAGAGGCUCUGGAUGCUGAAUACGAGCGAAGGACAGCCGAGAAGAAAAAGCAGAAAAAUAAGAAAUUCGAGCAAAGCCUGAAGGAGCUGCGGAAGCGGACAAAGGAAAGUGUUUGGCAACGACGGAAGGAUGAAGAACAUCGACAUGUUUUUGGCCAGCUGGAGCGAGGUCCAGACGGAACAGGCCAGCAGGUCUGCCACGAGUGCGGGUUUACGAUAGACGUCGAAGAGCUAUAA